AUGGAUCCCGCGCACUGUGCGUCCCCGGGGGACGGCGCUGCGGAGAUGCUGCUGAGCGAGCUGGAGCGGCAGGUGCAGGAUGUGGUGCGGGCCAGCUCCUGGUGGGAGCGCCGCGGUGUGGACUGCGCCAUCCUGGCUCUCAGCCUGCUCGCCUUGCCGGCGGGGUUCCUGUGCCUACGCGUCCAUAAUGUACUGGCCUUUGCCACUGGCAUCACAAUCUUGGGCAUGUGCCAUUACACUCUCACGGUCAAGGGCAGCCACCUGGCCACUCACGGUGCCCUCACAGAGUCCAAACGCUGGAGCAAGAUCCUGAUGAUUUUCUUUGUGGAGGUAUGCACAGCCUUUCCUGCAGAGUUCGGCAAGUUCAACCACGUCAACAUGCACCAUGGUUACACCAACGUGGUGGGUCUGGGAGACUCGAGCACAUGGAAGAUGCCGUGCCUCAACAGAUACGUCUACAUGUUCCUCGCACCACUUUUCAUCCCCAUUUUAACUCCGCUGGUGGCUCUCGAGCGUCUGAGGAAGGAAGAGCUGAGGGUGGCCCUGCGGACACUGAGCUUCAUAUCACUGGGCCUUUAUUCUCAGUAUUGGCUGCUCCUGAAUGUGUCGGGCUUCAAGAGCCCCAGCUCAGCACUGGCUUGCAUGCUGCUCGCCAGAUCCCUGCUGGCCCACCCCUAUCUUCAUGUCAACAUCUUCCAGCACAUUGGAUUGCCUAUGUUCUCCCUGGACAAGAAGCCCCGGCGGAUUCACAUGAUGAGCCUGGGGGUACUGAACCUGCCCCGGCAGCCCGUGCUGGACUGGGCAUUCGGCCACUCACUCAUCAGCUGCCACGUAGAGCAUCACCUCUUCCCUUGGCUCUCUGACCACAUGUGCUUGAAGGUGAAGCCCUUGGUAUCGAAGUUUCUUCAUGACAAGCAGCUGCCCUACAAUGAGGACUCAUACGUGGCCCGCUUCCGAUUGUUCCUCAGUCAUUAUGAGGAGUUCAUGGUGCAUGCUCCGUCCAUCACCGAGCUGGUGGGGAUGCAGUGAAGGAUGGGGCC